CUUUAACGCUUACCCCCAAAAUUAGCGACUCUGCAAUGGCGGAAUAGACCAGUUGUAAAAAAGCAUCGAUCUUUUUGACUCCACAUGUUUUCUAUUUGACAUAGUUAGGUUUAAUUUGGAAACAAUUCUAGAUAUCAUUACACAAACGCACAGAGAAGGCAUCCCUGCCUGUGCACGUUUGGAGAAGAAGAUGAAGACGUCUUUGAAGACAUUGCGGGGAUUGGCGGCACUGAAGCACGAGAGAAGAGAACGUAAGAUUCGGUCGUUGACUCAAGAGGAUGAAUUAGCUCAAGCUACACAGGAUAUGGUAGACAUGAGGGACUGCUAUGAUAGAUUACUUUCUGCUGCUGCUGCAACAGUAAACAGUGUAUAUGAAUUUUCAGAGUCACUGCGCGAAAUGGGUGAUUGUCUUCUUGAAAAGACAUCAUUGAGUGAUGAUGAAGAAACUGGUAAAGCGUUACUCAAGCUUGGUAAAGUCCAGUUUCAGCUCCAGAAACUUGUAGAUACUUAUCGUUCACAUAUUAACCAGACAAUUACAGUCCCAUCUGAGUCCCUUCUCUCUGAACUACACAUUGUUGAGGACAUGAAGAGACAGUGUGACGAAAAAAGAGAAAUCUAUGAUCAAUUGAUCCAAAAGCAUACAGAAAAGGGGGGGAAGCUGAGAGGAGCCAAAGGGGAGCACUUUUCUUCUCAGCAACUGAAAGCAGCUUAUGAUGAAUAUGAUGAGGGAGCAAAUGUUUUUGUAUUUCGUAUGAAGUCUCUCCGUCAAGGACAAUCCCGCAGUCUUCUUACACAAGCUGCUCGGCACCAUGCUGCUCAGAUUUCGCUCUUCCGGAAGGCUCUGAAAUGUCUUGAGGAGGUUGAGCCGCAUGUCAAGUCGGUCACUGAGCAGCAACAUAUUGAUUACCACUUUAGCGGGCUUGAAGAUGAUAUCAAGGAUGAUGACGCUGUAAAUGAUGGUGAUGAUGAUGUUGAUGACCAUGAAUCUAAUGGGGAAUCUGAAUCACAUGAUGGGGAAUUGAGUUUUGAUCGCGUUCAAGGUGAACUUGAAUAUGUAUCCACCAACCCUAUGGAGUUGGAUAACACGGAUGUUACAUUUCCUCAUGUUGCGAGGUCUGAGUUAGCAAAGGAGACUAUAGAGAUUGGUCGAAAGUCGUUUGGCUUGCGCAGAGAGACUCAUGUAAUCAGCCAAUCUGCUCCACUCCUUGCUGAAUCAAAACUUGAACGGUCCUUGCAAAAGGGCGCCUCACCCUCAUACAAGAUUUACUCCUAUGUGUUACCCACACCAGUAGAGACUAAUAAGGUCCGAUUUUCAAAUUUCGAAGCUCCUUCACAGCCAAGGCGAACCAGCCUGGAGAGUAGAGAUACCUUAUAUCAUUCAUCUCCUUUGGAUCAGAACAAGUACGAAAAAGCCCGACGAUCUGAGAAGUUUUCCGCCAGUGGGCCUUUCGUUUCUUCUUUGUCAGCAUCAGAUGCUAAAAAGGCCAAAAGGCAAGCCUUUUCUGGUCCAUUGACUGGAAAGCCAUGGCCAAACAAUCCCCGUGUUUCUACCAGCGGUCCUAUAGGUCCGAAAGGAUAUCCUCCCCAAUUCUCUGCGCCCCUCUUGCGACCUUUACCCCAUCCUUCAACUCCUAAAUUGGGUUUACAGGCUUCUCCUCCUCGAUUAUCAUCUCCCAAGAUUAGCGAGCUACAUGAAUUGCCUAGGCCUCCACCAUCCUCCUCCACGUCCACCAGACCCUUACCCCAUGAAGUUGCUCAUUCCGGCCCUUUGCCAUCCAGAGUUUCUCCUCCAGUUGCAUCCACACUUCCGAUGCCCCCUCUGGAUCUCCAUCGUAGUUACUCUAUACCUUCCACAAGCCAGAUCGGAACAUCAAGUGUGCCUAAGGCGUCAAAGGAUUAUAAUUUGACUCCAAUAACCUUGUCAAGUAGUGUAGAGCAUCCUCCAUCCCCAGAGACGUGAUCUUUCUUCCCAAGUAAAGGUGGGAUGCAUUCUGGGAGACUUGGUGCUCAUGUAAGGAUGUUUUUUAUCUUUAUUUUUAUUUGUAACCAGGUACAAGUGCAGUUUUGCAAUGUUGUAAAUAUGGUUUGUUAUCUACUUAGAGGAUUUAUUCAUGGGGUAAAUCUCUCUACUUGUGUCCUAAAUGUUUCGGGUUUGAAUCAAGUGGAAGACUGGGUACAAUUGUGUUUUUGAGUACUUUCCUUCAGGUGUAGCUUUGUGGUAAAGAUCAAAGGGUUUCAUGUAUUUAGGUGGUAAACCUGAGUUAAACCCCUUCUUCCACCGCACUCCAACAGAUGUAAUUUAGAAGAAUAAAAAUCUAGUCUUUUUUAUUUUCCAUUCUACUCCUGCUAGUCUUUGCUUUUGCUUUUCAUAUUUGAGUUACAAGGCGCCAAAUAGGACUGCAGAGUUGCCAACAGCAGAAAAUUUUGCUCACUACCAGAAUUUCAAUCACC